UUAAGAUGGUAACUUUUUUUUUUAAAUCAACAACAAAAUCAUUUGUGACCCCUCUGGCCCUUUUUUAUUUUUAUGGAACUACAUUUCCAAAGGGUGUCUAUAGAAAACGAAACCAGGUUUGUUACUAAUACCAGAAGAUGUCAAGGCACAUUUUAUGAAAAAUGUUUGCACAUCACCACAUUUUUUGGUCUAUCUGAAAGAUUUACUGCAACCAGGUAAGAGGAUUUAGGAUUAUGUUGCAGUGGCCGACACUUUGGGCCUUGAGCUCAAAGGAGUACCACUGUUUCACAUUUUCACAUCUGGAUUUUACACAGACCAGUGCCUCUGAGUGUGAAUUGGUUUCCAAACAGUCCAGGAUAUCGAUCUAAUAGAGUAAGCUCAGCGUGCAAGAAUAGCCUUAAAAUUGCUUUUGAUGAAAUGUGAAAAGGUUUGUCUGAUCCCAUAUGAGAAGGUCACAGAUCUCCACACCAUCAUGCACAAAGUCUCAACUGGCCUGGUCAUUUAACCACUAAUGGCAUGCCCGUAGGGGCCGAACUAACUAGUUCAGAAAGGAGCAGGGUGAUUGGAAGACAGAAUUAAUGAAUGCAAAUAAGCGUAGCGUUCUGAAAAGCCAUCAGUUGUUGACAGUCAUUAAGAUAUGCUUUCCCCGCAAGGGAACAGGAAUGAUCGAAAUAAUCUGGCAGUCUUGAAGUCGUCAUCACAGCCUCCGCAAACAUGUUCCAGUCACAUCACAUUUACUUCUCUUUCACACAUUCUUUUUCUCAUCUGUCAGGAGCUCACACCCUUUUGAUAGAUGCGAAAAGCAUACUGCAAUUCUCUCACCAUCUUUAAUUAUAUUAAUAUUCUAAUCAGUCUCUCAUUUCAUCUGCCAUCUUCAAUUGCAAUGUUAGACCAAUAAUUUAUGAGUCGCACUGACUUGGCUUGACAGCAAACUAAUGUCUUCGCUAAUAACUCCUACUGUUUAUAUGUCUCUCCCCAAGUAACAAUCCUGCUCACCGCUACUACCUGACAACAGAUCCCAUGACGGGGCGGCUAUAUGUGUCCGACACCAACUCCAGACGCAUCUAUAGCCCACAGGGGCUUCCGGCCAGAUCAGAGCCGCAGCAGAAUGUGGAGGUGGUGGCGGGAACAGGAGAUCACUGUCUUCCCUUUGAUGAAACUCAGUGUGGAGAUGGAGGACCAGCCACCGAGGCUCUCCUCACAGGACCCAAAGGGAUCACUGUUGACAAGAACGGACUGAUCUACUUUGUGGAUGGGACCGUAAUCCGGAAGGUGGAUCAGAAUGGCAUCAUCUCCACCUUACUGGGGUCCAAUGACCUUGCCUCUGCUCGACCUCUGAGCUGUGACUCAGUUAUGGACAUCCAUCAGGUGUCUUUAGAAUGGCCGACAGAUCUGGCUGUUAGUCCGAUGGAUAACUCAUUGUUUGUGCUGGACGGCGGUGUAGUUUUGCGGAUCACUGAGGAGGGGCAGGUCAGUGUGGCAGCAGGCAGACCCCUUCACUGCCCCAUGGCUUCUACAGACAUCUUGGUGACAGAAACACAGCAAGCCACGCAAACCCAUCUGGAAUCCCCAAGCGCCAUCACUGUCUCCUUCAAUGGAGUGCUGCACAUCGCAGAGACAGACGAGAGGAAGAUGAGCCGCAUACGCAGCGUGGCAGCAGAUGGCGAGAUCACUCACCUGGCUGGGGCGCCUUCAGAUUGCGACUGCAAGACCGAUGUCAACUGUGAUUGUUACCUUACAGGAGACGGCUUCGCUAAAGAUGCUCGGCUGAAUGGGCCGUCCUCUCUCGCGGCAGCUCCGGAUGGAACCCUGUAUGUAGCUGACCUGGGAAACGUUCGCAUUCGAGCGAUUGGAAAAAACAAGCCUGCACUUAACAGUAUGGGCUUGUAUGAAGUGGCAUCGUCCAUGGAGCAGGAAGUAUACAUGUUUGACAGUAAUGGCACACACCAGCACACGGCCAAACUGAUCACAGGAGACUUCAAAUACAACUUCAGCUAUAGCAAUGAAGGAGAUCUGACCUCAGUGGCCGACAGUUAUGGGAACACGCUACGGAUUCGCCGGGAUGCCAGCCGCCUUCCUGUCCGCAUCGUUGCACCUGACAACCAGGUUAUUUGGCUAACUGUAGGCUCGAGUGGUGGGCUGAAGACCCUUGGCACACAGGGGCGUGAACAGGUGCUGCUAACUUACCAUGGCAACAGUGGUCUACUGGCAACCAAGAGCACUGCCAAUGGAUGGACAACAUUCUAUGACUAUGACACAGAGGGACGACUGACCAAUGUAACUUUUCCUACUGGUGUGGUUACCAGCCUGGCCUAUGACAUGGAUACUGUCUCUACAGUAGAAAGAGAAAGUUCUGAACGAGAUGAAGCUGCAAUCAUAACUACAAACCAGUCAGCAAUUCAAAAUGUCCUCACAUUACAUCAAGAUCAGCUGAAGAACAACUAUGUGAUUGGUUAUGACCAUUCCUUGUGGAUUCUGUAUGCCAACGGAAUGAACACUCACUACCAGACGGAACCACACAUUCUGGCUGGUGCAUCCUCCCCUACGCUGGCACGAAGAAAUAUGACCCUACCUGAUGACAGUGGGCAAAACUUGGUUGAAUGGCGCUUUCGUAAAGAGCAGACAAGGACGAAGGUCACUGUGUUUGGACGCAAGUUACGAGUAAAUGGACGGAACAUUUUGUCUGUUGAUUAUGACCGAGCGCUGAGGAUUGAAAAGAUCUAUGAUGAUCACCGUAAAUUCCUUCUGAAGAUUGGUUAUGACACAGCAGGUCAGCCCACUCUCUGGAUGCCAAGUAGCAAGCUGCUGCCUGUCAACCUUACUCGCAAUAGCAAUGGGCAGUUGAGUGCCAUACACUGGGGCUCUGUCUCAGAGAGGGCCGAGUAUGAUGGACAAGGCCGUCUGCUUUCCAGAACAUUUCCCGAUGGGAAGACCUGGCGCUACACAUAUCUGGAGAAGUCCACUGUCCUGAUACUUGCAAGUCAGCGGCAGUAUGUCUUUGAAUUUGACCCUCAGGGAGGUCUUUCAGCAGUCACUAUGCCUAGUGUGGCACGAUACACUAUGGAGACCAUACGCUCGGUGUCUUACUACCGCAACCUUUACCAUAUGCCUGAGAGCAACGCUUCCGUCGCUGUAGACUACAGUGAGGAUGGCAGGCUCCUGAGAGUGGCACAGCUGGGCACAGGACGGAGAGUCCUUUACCGGUACCGCUGGCACAACAAACUCUCAGAGGUUCUGUACGAUAGCACUCGCGUCAGCUUCACCUAUGAUGAGACAGCAGGUGUGCUGAAGACGGUCAAUCUGCAGAGUGAGGGUUUUAUAUGCACCAUUAGAUACAGGCAGCUUGGCCCACUGGUAGACCGACAGAUCUACCGCUUCAGUGAGGACGGAAUGGUAAAUGCUCGCUUUGACUACGCUUAUGACAGUAGUCUGCGUGUGACGAGUAUUCAGGGGGUCAUCAAUGAAACCCCACUGCCUAUUGACCUUUAUCAGUAUGAUGACAUCUCAGGGAAAGUGGAGCAGUUCGGCAAAUUUGGCGUCAUCUAUUAUGACAUCAACCAGAUCAUCUCUACCUCUGUCAUGACUUACACCAAACACUUUGACGGACAUGGUCGGGUUCGAGAGAUUCAGUAUGAAUUAUUCCGGUCUCUGCUCUUCUGGAUCACGGUCCAGUAUGACGAUAUGGGCAGAGUAACCAAGCGGGAAAUGAAGAUUGGCUCGUUUGCUAAUGCUACCAAGUACAGUUAUGAAUAUGAUGUGGACGGGCAGUUGCAGACAGUCUACCUCAAUGAGAAAAUGACAUGGCGCUACAGCUAUGACUUAAACGGGAACAUACACCUGCUGAGUCCAGCAAACAGCGCACGAAUCAUGCCCCUCCGUUAUGACCUGCGAGACCGUAUAACUCGUCUUGGAGAUCUGCAGUACGAGUUGGACGAAGAUGGGUUUCUUUGCCAGAGAGGCUCUGAGAUCUUCCAGUACAACUCCAAUGGCCACCUAGAAUGUGUCUACAGUAAAUCCAACGGCUGGUCUGUCCAGUACCGUUACGAUGGUUUGGGAAGAAGAGUAUCAACAAAGUCCAGCAUAGGACAACACCUGCAGUUCUUUUAUGCUGAUCUGAGCUACCCAAGCAGGAUAACACAUGUCUACAACCAUUCCAGCUCUCAGAUUACCUCUCUAUACUAUGACCUGCAGGGACACUUGUUUGCAAUGGAGAUCAGCAGUGGAGCAGAGUUCUACAUCGCUUGUGAUAACAUAGGAUCACCACUGGCUGUCUUUGGCAGUGAUGGUACCCUGCUCAAGCAGAUUCAUUAUACAGCCUAUGGCGAGGUCUACUCGGACUCCAAUCCUGACAUUCAGCUGGUGAUUGGGUUUCAUGGAGGACUUUAUGAACCUCUAACAAAACUGCUUCAUUUUGGAGUGAGGGAUUAUGACAUCAUGUCAGGUCGCUGGACUGCACCUGACUUCAUGCAGUGGGAGAAAAUAAUCAAGAACCCAGGCCCUUUCAAUCUCUACAUGUUCCGAAACAACAACCCAAUAAGUAAAGUGCAGAAAGUUAGAGACUACUUAACAGAUGUGAACACCUGGCUGGUCACAUUUGGAUUCCAUCUCCAUAAUAGUAUCCCUGGUUUCCCUAUCCCCAUUUCUGAGAUGACACAAGCCUCUUAUGAACUGGCCAAAAGUCAAGUGUGGGACGACCUGACAGCCAGCUUUGCAGUCCAGCAGCACGUCAUCCGACAAGCUGAAGCAUUUCUAUCAUUUGGGGAUCUGCCACAGGUUGAGUUCGGCCCUAGCCACAGGGCUGAUAAACCCUGGCUGUGGUUUGCCUCAAGUGAUUCUUUGAUAGGUCGUGGGAUCAUGCUGGCCCUUUACAAGGGUAUCGUGAUAACUCGCGCACUAAGCCUGGCUAAUGAGGAUUGCGUCAAGGUUGCCAACAUCCUCAAUGGCGCACUUUACUUGAAAGACCUGCACUUUAUUUUGGAUGGCAGAGACACACACUUCUUUGUGAAAAUGAAUUCUCCUGAAGCAGACCUGGCAGCGCUGCGGCUUACUAGCGGACGGAAAGAACUUGAGAAUGCGGUGAACGUGACGGUGUCGCAGUCCACAGCUGUGCUAGGUGGCCGCACCCGGCGCUUCGCAGAUGUGGAGUUUCAGAGGGGGGCUCUCACCCUGCACGUGCGCUACGGGGCGUCUCUGGAUGAGGAACGAGUGCGUGUUUUAGAGCUGGCCCGACAGAGGGCUCUCGCCAUCUCGUGGUCACGUGAGCAGCAGCGGGUCCGGAACGGAGAGGAAGGAUCCCGCCUAUGGACUGAGGGAGAGAGGAGGCAGCUUCUCAGCAGCGGACGAGUGCAAGGCUACGAUGGAUACUAUGUGCUGUCGGUAGAGCAGUAUCCUGAACUAGCCGACAGCGUCAGCAACAUUCAGUUCCUCAGACAAAAUGAGAUUGGCAAAAGGUAGUGAACAGACCAUUAUUAGCCACUUACAUACAUGCAAUUUGUUAUAGGAGAAUAAGUUAAGCGGACACAUUUAUUUCAUUCUCAGUUUGUAAAAAUGCUACUACUCCUAGUCAAAUAAGAAGUGUACUACCUAGGGGAAAAAAAAGAGUAUUAAAACAACGCUGUGCGUUGUGAAACAUUGUGUUUUCUCAAGACCUAUUUAAGGCCUUAGCAAGGUUACAAUUGUGGAGCACAAUGAAUUUAUGAACUUUGCAUCAAGAGACAGGCCAGAUUCAUAAAGCUGUUGAUAUCUUUAUUUAACUAUUUAUUAUUAAUUUUUACAAGCACUAUUCAAAUAUGUCCCUACAGAGAAAAAUGGCAUACCUUUUGGAAAAUGAAAAAUGUUUACAUAUGCAUAUCACUAUACCACUGCAAAAAUACCAUGUGAUGUCAGGUGGGUUAUUGUAGCCAGCUAUACACUGUAAUAUUUUUAUAUUUAUUCAGAUUUGUCUCUUUUUCCUGUAAACUCCUGUUCAUGAAUAUCAUAAUAGAAAAAAAAAAUAUGUUGUUGGCAAUCAUGCCCUGCAAUGAUAACAAUCCUAAAAUAUUUUUAUUUAGGUCUGAUUCUAAAUUUUAGUUACAAACAAAAAGUGUUUUAUAAACAUUUGACACUUGAUUUACAGCCAUCUUACGUCAUACUUUGACUGAAUAAACUGUACAUAUAAUGAAUAAAAUGGCAACACAGCACAGAAAAUAUGUAAAUGUCUAUUUAUGUAAAUGUGCGUUUACCUGCAUAUUUUUUUAAAUUAAAAGCAAUUAUCUGCUCAUUUGGUUACAGGUAA